AUGACGGUCGCGGAGGCAGUCAAAGACGCCGUUGGGCUCGGUGGAGGUGAACCGCGACGAGCGACGAGAGAGGAGAUGUCAGAGGCCAAACUUCCGUUGGCGUAUCGAGAUAGUUGCGCACACCUCCUGAUCCCGCUGAACAAAUGCCGACACAAAACGUGGUAUAUGCCCUGGAAGUGUGAGAGCGAGCGACACGGCUACGAGAAAUGCCAGUACGACGAGUUCAUGGAGCGAGUAGCUAAGAUGGAUGAGAUCAGAGCGGCAAAAGGUGGUGCUCGGAGCAAUUGA